GAUCUUGUGUUCAAUCCCAAGCACUGCGGGUCCACGCGAGACGAGAACGCUGGACGAUUCUCGCGCUGUAGUAGUAAUUCUGCACCUCCUCUGAACAGUUGCUUAGUUCUCUGAUAUACUCAGAAUCACAUCGUCGUUUGACAUUACAUCUUCCUUGCAAGAAUUCUUGAAUUUCAAUUCUUGGCUCUCGAGGUCUCGUCCGGGAAAGACAACUGCAGCGUAUGCAGCUGCUUCUGUAACCGACAGCGAUGGUGGCGCAAGAAGGCGAACAGGUCCCUGUAUCCAGGGACGCAGGUGGAGAGGAAGCUGAUUAUCAUGAAUCUGCCCGUGAGAAAAAUUUCGGGUCAAUCAAGAAUUUUUCGAAAGAGAAUUGGACUGUAGACAUGGAAACGAUACCGAUGGAUGAAAAUGGUCCCGUCCGAAAAGCUCAGUCCGAACGUCCACUGCCCAUCAAUCUGAAGUUUGAGGAAGUCAGUUACAGUGUGAGUCUCAAGCCACAGACGACAUGGUGGGAUUACAAGAGCUGGGGGAGUAAAAUGGCUCAUAACGCGCCUGACAAAGUUAUUCUCCACAAUAUAGUUGGGGGGGUGAAGCCUGGAGAGAUGCUUGCUAUGAUGGGUCCUUCAGGAAGUGGAAAAACCACGCUUCUGAAUAUCCUCGGCGGCCGCGGCCAAGGCAACCUUUCAGGAAAUAUCCUGUAUAACGAUAUGCCUUACGACAAGGGCAUGAAGAGGAGGACGGGAUUCGUUACUCAAGACGAUGUUCUGUACGCGCAUCUCACCGUGAAGGAAACAUUGGUCUAUGCAGCAUUGUUGAGAUUACCCCGAGAAUUUACCAAGCAAGAGAAGAUUCAGCGAGCUGAAGAUGUUAUCACAGAAUUAGGACUCGAGAAGUGCAAGAACACCAUAAUUGGUGGUCCAUUUCUUAGAGGUGUAUCCGGUGGCGAGAAAAAGAGAGUCAGCAUCGGCCAUGAGAUGUUGAUUGAUCCCAGUCUCUUGUUGCUCGAUGAACCAACCUCUGGUCUAGACUCUACAAUCGCACUGAAAAUUAUUCAGACUCUCCAAGAUUUAGCUAAAGGUGGUAGAACGGUUAUCACCACCAUCCACCAACCGUCCAGUAUCAUAUUCCACAUGUUCGACAAGCUGCUACUCCUUUCCGACGGUCAUAUACUUUACUACGGUCACAGAAGUGAAGCAAUGAGCUACUUCGCUUCAGUCGGCUUUUCCCCAUCGUACGCCACAAAUCCAGCUGAUUACUUGCUUGAUCUAGCAAAUGGAAUUCAACAUCACAUCGAUCCUGCCGGUGGAGAACAGUCUUUCAGUUCGCAUAGGAAAGCUAAUAAAUCAGAGGAUAUUCUGAAAACUUUGAGGGAAGCCUACGUUAGCAAACAGCUAUCUCAAACCAGAGCGAGUAUGGCACGUUCUACGAGCAUAACAGCCGAGGAAAGACGAGCAUCCAGAGAAAAGGUGAAGUGGCCCAGUACUUGGUGGGAGCAAUUUUCAGUUUUGACCGUUCGAGGUAUGAAGGAGAGGAGACAUGAGGUUUUUGCUGGUCUUCGAAUCAUUCAAGUCUUCGCCAUAUCCUUGGUUUGUGGCCUGCUCUGGUGGCAAUCAUCAGCGGACAACAUCGGCGAUCAGGCUGGCUUGCUAUUCUUCGUGUCCACGUUCUGGGGAUUCUUCCCCAUCUUCUCAUCCAUUUUCACUUUUCCGACAGAACGUCAGAUGCUUGCUAAGGAGCGAGCGUCCGGCAUGUACCGUCUCACGGCCUAUUUUUUCGCUCGAACAGUCGGGGACUUGCCAUUGGAACUGGUUCUGCCAACAUUGUCCAUAACCAUGAUCUAUUGGAUGUCUGGGCUGAAGGCCACGGCGGGAGCGUUCUUCUGUACGCUCGCCACAGUCCUCUUCAACGUCCUCGUCUCGCAAGGAAUGGGGCUUCUCCUGGGCGCAGCAAUGAUGGACGUGAAAAAGGCUACGACCCUCGCAUCGGUGAUCAUGAUGACUUUCCAGUUGGCGGGUGGCUACUUCGUGACCAAUACCCCUGCCUUCAUCGGUUGGGUCAAGUACAUUUCGUUCACUUACUAUGGUUUCAAGUUGCAGUUGGCUUCGCAAUACUCCAAGGAUCAAACUUACGCUUGUGCAACCGGCCGAUGCCGCAUCGUUGAUUAUCCCACGGUGCAACAAGUCGGGCUAGACAGAAUGGGUAUCGCCGUGAUGGCUAUGAUGAUCAUGUUAUUCGGGUUCAGAUUUCUUGCCUACAUGGCUCUGAGGAACAUGAAGAAGUAGAUCACACUCGCGCUUCAAUGUAGAAAAAGUGUUAAAAAAUUGUGAAAUUCUCAUUCAAUUUGUUCAUACAGUAGAGAUAACGUAGGAGUAGGUCCUAGCAGAAGUUAGACUAGUGUAAUUAGAGAGCUCUAUGAAGACGGCUGUAGCGUACCGCAGUAUCAGGUUCUCAGUUUUAGGGGCUCAAGCAAGAGCUGUAAAUCUAGAGAGACUCGAACCGACGUAAGUCGGAUGGUCAUUCUCAUUCGAAAGCUAGUUGUUGAUAAGCUACGUUGUAGGAAAUUCUUUGUGAACUUUAUGGGGCAAGUAAAUAACAUACAAGGCAGUCGCCCACAGACCCUCGAGAGGUGUCUU